GCAGAGCGAGCGGGAAGUUGAACCAUUUGUAAAUUACCGGCAGCAAAGACGAACUUUUCUUGUGAUAUUUUUGACAGUCAUACACUUGAAAACAAAGUACUUAGCCUGCUUACUAUUUAUUACAGGCACCUGGCAAGCUAACAUAUGUACGUGAUAGUAUUCGUCUUUGGCGAGCUUUCUUGUAGAUACGUGCAGCCAGAGACAGUUUAUUUAGAAUAAAUAAAUACGUUACCCUUCUAACGUCGUUAGCUAGAUAACGCCUCGCUAGUUUCGACUAAGGUAAGGAUGGGGGACAGGACCCUCCUGCGGGAACUAAAGCGGUGGGCGAUUGAAGAAUUUAAUCUACCACCCCAAAGUCUCCCAAACGACAACUACUUUAAAACGUUAUGUGUUGGUCCAGGAGCCUCAAUAUGGAGAUAUGUCACACAACAUAUUUUCAAUCAGAGGAAUGUCAGGGUUAUGCGUGGAAAUCUUCAGUGGUACAAAGUUCUACAAGAUAAGGAGUUAAAAAAGGUAGCGGGGCAGAGUGAUGCUGCUAAGCGGCUUGAGCUUCAGGAGCAGAUAGAGGAGCUGAGAGCUGAACUCAACCACCUGGACUCUCAAAUCAAUGGGACUGAAGCACAGCUAGUUACUGAAGAAGAGUCCAUUAACUGGAGCUGGGGAAUGGUGGAGGAGAACCAACGCAGGGAGCUGCUUUUACAGGCCUUUAAGCAGCGCUGCAUGAAUGAGCGCCACGUUCUCUCAGAGGAUACCCGCAAGAUCAGUGGACACUCCCAGGUUCUGGAGCAGCUGUCUAGGAAGGCAGAGCUGGAGGUGGUGUUUGGAAAUGAAGCCUCCAAUAGCAGUGGGGACUAUCUAAACCCAACAGGAGCAGAGCCUCAGGUUCUGCGUAAUGUGAGAGAGCUGUGUGAUGAAAGACUCCUCUUCUUCCAGUCUUUACAAGAGAGUGAGCUGAAAAUGGCAUCCUCCACUGCCACACACUUGUCUCGUGAACAGAGAACUGCAGUAUUUCAGCAUUGGUUAAGUGCUGUGGAGGACUUGUUGCGAUGCUAUCCUCCAAACCAAGUGCUGUCAGCCUUGCAGUACCUGGCCUUGGGACAGGAAAUUACAUUGCAGGAGAAGCUUGCCUCAUUGGAUGUGGCUCAUGAUGUUGCCGCAUUACGGUUUCGCUACGAGAGUAAUCACCUGUUGGACAUAUCGAAAGUAGAGGAAGAGCUACCACCCGUUAAGAGUCUUUUACAGUCAGCCUGGGAGGAGGUGGAACAGAGUCUGAUGGAACUGGCUCAAACGCGUUCACAAAUUCAACAGCUGAAGACCCAGCUUCAUGCCCGAAAAAAUGAGGCAGAGUUGGAGCUGCUUGGCGGGGAAUCUCAAACCCAAGCCCUGGCGCAGUCAGUGUUUGAGCUGGAGAUGCAGUGUGUGAUGCAAGCAGCAGUGCGAGAUGGUGUGCGAAACCAGUGUGUUGAAAUGGAGCAACAUGCCAGGGACAGACAGGAGGCUCUUCGCAACCUGCGGAGACAAUGGCAGAGCAUCACGGACUUCAGACAGCUUGUGGACGUCAGGCAGGAACAGACAAGAGGUCUGAUCAAGGGGAAUUCAACAGCUAAGACUGAACUGACUCGCGUGCACAAGGAGAUUGGCCAGUUUGUCCAGGGAAAACUGACUCCCCAGUUUGGUGAAGUUCUUUCAGCAGCCAAUAGGCUUCGCAACUCUGUGUCCCAGGAGGCCAGACAGUUUGGAAACGUGUCACUAGUAACACUUGAUCGCAGGCUCAUUGAAGGCGAGCAGAGAAUUCCAGCUGCGUGGUUAUCUAUCCAUCGCUUGCAUUCCUCGCCCUUCCACAAUCUGUGUCAAAGCAUGACUUUUCCAAUGUACAGGGCCCCUGAGGAACUGUACUCGCAAGCUCUAUCCCAGCAUUUGGAGCUUCGCUUUCUGCAUCGUUUGCUGCAAUUUUACUCCUCCUCUUUAGCUAAUGUAGAGAAGCAAGGAGCGCUGCUACCUGCACCUGACCAACAAGCCCUCCUGCUACGUGUCCAGGAGGAAGACAAGGAGCUGCUUCAGUCUUUGUUACCCAGGGUUUGGGAGCUCAACCAGUGCUGCUCACAGGGCCUUUCUUACGGGAAUCAGGUCAAGACUGCCAUUUCCUAUUGGUGGGAUCAGCCUGCUCAGUUUGCUCUGCCUGACAUACGCAAGGGGGGACUGACUUUUCAGCAGUGGCUACAGAGGUGGAAAUUUGCAGCCAAGGCUUCUUAAUGAGUUCCAUGGAAAAUAGACAAGUGCAUAGAUGGACAACAAUACUUGUCUAAAACUACAAUUUUAUUCCCACUAAGGUUAAUUUACUAUAUUGUUAGUUUUUCACAUCUCCUUUUUGCCAUUCAAUGUACACUACAUUGCCAAAAGUAUGUGGACACCCUUUCAAAUUAGUGGAUACGAUUAUUUCAGGCACACUCGUUGCUGACAGGUGUAUGGAAUCGAGCACACAGCCAUGCAAUUGCUAUAGUCAAACAUUGGCAGUAGAAUGGCUCACACUGAAGAGCCCUGUGACUUUCCAAAAAGUGAUUUUUUUUCUUCAUAUUUCUGCCUUGCUAUAGCUGCCCCUGUCAACACAGUGCUGUUAUUGUGAAAUGGAAAUGUCUAGGAGCAACAGCCCAACCGCAAAGUGGUAGGCAACACAGGCUCACAGAACAGGAUUGGCGAGCGCUGAAGCGAGUAGCGCGUAGAAAUCGUUUGCCCUAGGUUGCAACACUCACAACCGAGUUCCAAACUGCCUCUAGAAGCAACAUUCAGCACAUUACUGAUCAUCGGGAGCUUCAUGAAAUGGGUUUUCAUGGCUGAGCAGCCGCACACAAGCCUAAGAUCACCAAGCGCGUUGCCAAGCGUCGGCUGGAGUGGUGUAAAGCUCGCCACCAUUGGACUCUGGAACAUUGGAAACACGUUCUCUGGAGUGAUGAGUCACACUUCACCAUCUGGCAGUUCCAGUGAAGGGAAAUCGUUACAGCAAACUAUUCUGUGCUUCCAACUUUGUGGCAACAGUUUGGGGAAGCACUUUCCUGUUUCAGCAUGACAAUGCCCCCAUGCACAAAGAGAGGUGCAUACAGAAGUGGUUGGUUGAGAUCGGUGUGGAAAAACUUGACUGGCCUGCACAGAGCCCUGACCUCAACUCCAUCAAACACCUUUGGGAUGAAUUUGAACGCUGACUGCAAGCCAGGCCUAAUUGGCCAAAAUCAGUGCCCAACCUAACUAAUGCUCUUGUGGCUGAAUGGAAGUCCCCGCAGCAAUGUUCCAACAUCUACUGGAAAGCAUUCCCAGAAGAGAGGAGGCUGUUAGAAAAAAGGGUGGGACUAACUCUAUUAAUGCCCAUGAUUUUGGAAUGAGAUGUUUAACGAGCAGGUGUCCACAUACUUUUCGCUGUGCCGUGUAUAUCACAAGUAAAUUGCUGGUGUCUUGAUGCCAUUAAAUCAACUUUGCCUGCACUUUAUCUUUUUCUUAAAGAGUUUGACGGUUAAACUCAAUCACAAAUGUAAUCCUAUUUGAACAAGACCGUUACGUUAGUUAUCCAUAUCAUCAAUACAUACACAAAAGUAAAUAGAGGAGGUAGAUUGUUGAAAUAAAUGAGCUUGUUAUUCCAUAAAUAGGACCACUUUGUCCAUGGUAUGGUUUUUCUCAGUCUGGAUGGUUGGAGUUGUAUGAAUACUUCUAAAAUAAAAUUGUAUUCAUCAGGUACACACAACAGGUAUAGUUUGUGCAGCGACAUGCUUGUGCUACCUCCCUUAAAUUCACAGUGCAAUAAAAAAAUAACAAGUAAUAGAAGUGUAUGCAUAGCUGAUAUGUACAGAAUGUAUAGAGUAUGAAUGUGCUAUGCCAAGUAUGACUGUAUUUACAAAUAAAGUAUAUAAUACAUA